GACACAUUCCGUUCAUUUCGUGGAAGUUAACAUCCUUUCUAUUUAUUGAUACCCGGUGGGGUUCCCCGGCCUAUUACCUCUCAGUAUCAAAUUAAGGCUACCAAGUAGUAAAUACAAUGACCAUAGACUUCCCCGUAGGCGCCUCGUGAUCACAAUCUAGACGUGCUAACCCGUACGAAUGUUCGCGUGGAAUAAGACCGAGAGUGUGCGGUGAAAAUCUGCCGUCAGAAACAGUAGGCUCAGACAUGAGGGCGCGUUGGACCUUACUCGCCGUUGUAGGGACCAUAUUUAUGUUUUCAUCCAUAUACUGGGUCAACAAAGGCAGUCUCAAACUGCAGCUCAGCGAUGGAGCGAUUCCGACCACUGAGGCACCGAAGCCAAAGGAAUUAACAAGGGCAGAAAGGCUACAAUACAUGAACCCAGACCCAAACAACGACACAUUAGUCCUGCCACCUAAACAGUUUAUGGAUCGCAUGAUCAGACAGGAUGUCAUGACCCUUUAUCACAGAUACAUCAACAGUCUUCAGUUUUUCUGUCACCGCGUCCUCCACUUGGGCAAACUUGAUGAUGGAGGCUGGGACAUUUGUGAUGACAAAGAGUUUAGACCUAACCAACAUUGUCUUGUCUAUUCCUAUGGAAUCAACUUUGACUUCAGCUUUGAUGACGCUAUUGUGAAACAAUAUGGUUGUGAAGUGCACGCCUAUGAUCCUAGUAUGAACAUGAUGGACCAUAUCCACGGCAAUCAAGUGUUCUUUCACAACGUCGGUCUGACCAGCGAUAAUAACUCAAUGACAGUUAAAGGUAUCCCAUGGAAAAUGGGAACGUUUGGAGCUCACCGAACAACCAAUGGCCAUCUGGAGAGGGCAAUUGACAUCUUAAAAGUGGACAUCGAGGAUUGGGAGUGGAUCGCAUUGCCGGAAAUGUUGCGCUCGGGAACACUCCGGGAUGUCCAGCAGUUUGUCAUAGAGUUUCACCUGACCAGGGUCAAAGCUGAACCUAGUAUUGCCCAGUAUCUUAAGUGCUUGAAAAUACUCAAGGAUAUAUAUGACGAAGGAUUUAGAAUAUUCUGGACACAUCGUAAUUUAUGGUGCAAAUUUUACUCAUCGUAUGGGAGGGAUGAACGGUGUGGUUGUCACGAGGUUUCCUUUGUGCGAGUGUCGUAGCCUGAUCUUAGUAACUAAUUACGAGUAUGUGUACAAUGUUGAGUAUGUUUUGUGUAUACUGUUUGUUACAUACAGUAUAAUCCAUGCGAUAUUCAUUUUUGCUUAAAUUGGCGUUAAGCAUUGAUUGUGAAUUCAAGUAUCGCGUGAAAAAUGAUUUUUAUGCAACUGAAGACACAUAAUAAAAGUAUAAUGAAAAUAAACGCCCUCAUUAUUAUCUACAAGAAAUCAAUAAAUAAAAUCAAGGGUGUACAAAACAUAAGUACAGACUUGGCAUCAGUUAUGUCCUGUCUUUGCAAAUAAUUUAUUUUUUGCAAAUUGAUAAUUUUUUAUCUUCAAAUGACGUAUAGACUCUUUCAGUUUAAAUUGCGACUGCAAUAUUGGUUUUGCAGAUCUCAAGUACCCAUGUCAACCAACAUCUCUGCCAUUACAAUAUAAUCAACAUUUCCUAUAGUGACAGCAACAUUUUCAUGUUUGCCAACCAACAUUAUAGUCCUGCAGUAAUUGUGAAAGAGUCUAUUUCAGAGGACUUCAAUUUGCUAUGCUUUUAAUGAAACAAAAUAUUUGGCUUUAAAAAUGUUGAUUUUUAAUGUGCCUGAUUAAAUAUUCAUGAAAUAAUUUAAUUCAGUUCUUGCAAAUUUUUCAUGAAAAAUAAAUAUCUCACGAGGGAGAUGUGAUACACAGUAAUGUUGAGAUGAGAAGUUUCAAGGAUUGUUUUUCUUCCAGAUGAACGCGAGAUUAGUUACUGUCGUGUCAAAUUGAGUGAAAUAGCAUAAUGUAUAAAGGUUGAUAUUUUUUUGAGCAUAAUAUACUGAUUAAUUACUGUAAGACAAAAUAUUUUUAUACAUUUCAUGAUUCACUUAAAAUUUGUAUCAUCCUUUUAAAUGUAUAAAGUUGAUAAUAUAAUGAGAAAGAUCACAAUUUUUAUAAUCAAAAACAACAUCGUUUUAAGUUAUGUUUUUUUUUAAGUGGAGAUUUUUAUUUUCAUGUGUGAAAUAGAGCAUCAAUUUAAUUCAAUUUUAAAUUUAGUUUUGUGUAUGUAUGUUUUACAUAUAAAACAAAUCAAUUGCCUAAAUGCCAAAUGACACUCACAUACCGAUACUGGAGGGUGGCACCAUUGUAGCAUGAUCUAUACUUAAUGUAUAUGCCUAAAACAAAAGUCACUAACAGAUUAUGUUGUUACCAAUUAUUUGUCAUUUUUCAGUAUGUAUCUUUUUAAUGUUUGUUUUACAUGUAUUUACUUCGACAUUUUAUCUGUAGAUUAAAUUUUGCCCUUUUGCUGGUUGAAUGAUGCCAUUUCAUAUCGUAGUGAGAUCAGAAUUAUACCUGACAGUGACAGGUACAGGUACAUUUUUGUUAAGGUUGGAUGUUUGGAAGUACUGUGUUUAUAUGGCUGAAGCUGGUAUAUUGUACCAGACUCUUUACCUGGCCAUGGUUUCACUUUAAUGUCCUGAGUUGAACUAAGUUUUACCCUAACUUACUUUUAAAGUUGAGAUAAAAUACAAGGAAAAAAACAGUUUAAGUUAGAGGGUCCCAGCACUUUUCUGUUGUGUACAAACCCAGAAGAACUUUUUCCUUCUAAAUCUAUGUUUAUUUUCUCUAUAUUGAUACAAAAACAAUUAUCAGUUGCAAGUCUUCUUAGGAAGUUAAAACAUUUUGAUUAUUUACAGGUAUAUUGUAGAAAAAGUAGUAACAAAUAUCAUGAUUGGUAGCACAGUGGAUAUGCUCCUUACUCUAGAUCUUCAGGGACCAAAUUCCCAAAAUUGAAGUGUUUUUGUAAAGUAGAAAAUCAUAAUGGAGAUACAUUUUAUCUAUAUAUAUAUAUACAACUUUCACUAUAGUAACCGCAUUUCUAAGGCAGAAAAAAAUAUCAACACACAUUUGAACCCAUCUUUGCUGGAGGUAUACUUAAACCCUCAGUGCUGGGGCUCUCUACCUUAACCCUUUCACCCCUAUGCAACUUUAGUAGACUCUACCAUGCAUUGAUCUGGAUGAGUCCAUAAUGGUCUACAGUGGUGAAAGGGUUAAGGUGUUUCCUUAAACCAAAGCCAUUGUGAAAUGUGUAGAAAAAGUCAGCGUAAUCUUAUGGAUACAGAUUCUUUUAUGUAGAAUUCUCCGUAUAUUUGAUAGUUGUGUGUGUUCUGUUUCGAAUGUAAACAUUAAUUGACCUAUAAAACAAGAAGUAAAUUUCUCAAAGCCUUCAAUACGGUUCCUUGGUAAGGUAAUAAUUGCUUUUGGGACUUUUUAAGUUUAAAGCAAAAUGGAGACAAGAUUUGGUAUACCAGGUCAUUGUAUUGUAGAUAUACGUGAGUUGUUGUUACUGGUUUAGAGCUUGUGUGUUUGAGAGUUCAGGAACAUUGUACCAUUUGAGGCUUCACUUCCUGUCAGGUGGUUUAGAAGGCACUUGACAUAUAUAUUGUAUACUUUGGUAUGUACCAGAUGAUAACGCUACAAGCCCCAGUGUAAUAUUUGGUCCCUGAUGUAUAGACAGUAUUUUCCAUUUGUACUUCCUAUGCUGAAGGAUGAUUGGAUUUAAUAACCAUCAAAAUGAAAGAAACUCAAAAUCCUUCCUCCCCUUGUAAUUCGUGUUUAUCUAAUACAAUUCCCACCUUCAAAUUCAGUUAAUUUCUAAAUGUAUUGAUCAAUUUUAUUAACUCAUUCACCCCUGAAAUUUCAUAAUGAACCAUUCCAACCUUUCAAUUGGAAGGGUGUAAAUGUGUCUUC